AUGCCACUACGUCUGCCAUAUCCACAGCUCCGCGGCUUUUCGACCAAGUUAGACAAGUUCGAGCUAUAUGGGGGCCGGCGUAUCCCCGCCAAUCCAAAGGGGUUCAAUGUGGGCAGCACUCCCGCUGGCAUUAAGCCCGCCGGCAACAUUCAGCCAGACGUGGUCAUCGUCACGUCAGAUACCCCAGCAUCAGGUGCCGCAGUCGUUACUAAGAAUUAA